AUGUACUUCCCAAUCAAAGCACUGGUCGCCAAUACUCUCUUAGGUAGCGUCUGCAUGGGAAUCGCGCCCACGAACGUCGAAGAGAUAGCGAUCGUGAUCGCUAUCCAGUCUUGCCCAACUGGGCACUGUUCCACAGUUAGUGAGGAUAUGGGCACCGUCUUGUACGAAGGCCCCUACAAUCUACAGUUUGGGCCGGACGCAUACGACCUAUAUGAGAACUUCUCUGUUCAAGUCCCUGCAUCCUUCGCUACUGGGCAAGCACAACUUGGACUUGCUCAAUUUGGCCUCGUUGGGGCAUCUUACCAGCCAUACUUGCAUCUCGCAAAUGAGACUGUUUACGUUGUUUAA